AUAGAGAAUUGAUACCAUCCCCCCUCUCUCUCUCUCUUUCCUCUUUCUCUCUCUAAAAAGUAUUACUUUUUCAUCGACAUUCACGCGCAUUACGAUCGUUUACAGUAUUUGAACAAACCCUAGCAUCAAAAUUGUUUAUUUUUUUCAAUUUUUGUUUGAUUUUUUCAGUUUUUGAAAUUGAUUAAUAAAGUUCGAUUUAGUUUUUUUUUUGUUUGUUUGUUGUAGAAACGGAUUUGGGGUUGUUUUGUAUGAUUAGGGUUUUUGAUUAUGAUGAUGAAAGUAUAAGUGAUGUGCAUCAAUUUGGAAUCGGAAUCGGGUCGUUGUUGUUCAAUUUAUAUGGGUAAAAAAGAAUGCCGGAGUUGCGGAGUGGGGUAUGUCGGCGCCGUGCUCCUCAUCCAGUAGUUGAAAAAAAACCCAAAACGAAGAAAAGGGUUGGUGGUGGUGGUAGGAGUUAUAUAAAGACUCGUGCUGCUAAGGCGAAAGCAGCAGAAGCAGAAGCAAAGCUCGUGGGAGUAGAGGAGGAAGAGGAAGCGAAGGUUGAGGUUGAGGUUGAGGUUGAGGUGAAGGAGAUUGAGAACGAGAGAGUAGAGGGAGAAGAAGUUGAGGAAGAGGAAAAGAUGGGAGAUGAGAGUGGUGGAUUGAGUGCUAAUAAUAAAGGGACUGCACAAGAAGAUGAAAGUACUUCUCUUUUUCCUGAUCAGGUGCAAGUAGGAGGAUCACCAGUUUAUAAGGUUGAAAGGAAGUUAGGUAAAGGUGGUUUUGGACAGGUGUUUUUGGGUCGCCGUCUUACCGGUGGAAAUGAACGUGCUAGUGGUCCCUUGGCUCUGGAGGUCGCACUGAAGUUUGAGCAUCGAAAUAGCAAAGGCUGUAGCUAUGGCCCUCCAUAUGAAUGGCAAGUUUACAAUACUCUUGGAGGCAGCCAUGGAGUGCCAAGAGUGCAUUAUAAAGGACGGGCAGGAGACUAUUAUGUCAUGGUUAUGGAUAUGCUAGGCCCUAGCUUAUGGGAUGUAUGGAAUUCCUCUGGGCAAUCAAUGUCUGCAGAAAUGGUGGCUUGUAUUGCAGUUGAGUCUUUGUCGAUUUUGGAAAAGCUGCACGCAAAAGGUUACGUGCACGGAGAUGUAAAGCCAGAAAACUUUUUACUUGGCCAGCCAUCAACACCGCAAGAGAAGAAGUUGUUCCUAGUUGACUUGGGACUGGCCACAAAGUGGAAAGACACUUCAAAAGGGCAGCAUGUCGGAUAUGAUCAGCGUCCUGACACGUUCAGAGGGACUGUUCGGUAUGCGAGUGCACAUGCUCACUUGGGAAGGACUGCCAGUAGAAGAGAUGAUCUGGAAUCACUUGCUUACACACUAAUUUUUCUUCAUCGAGGGAGGCUUCCAUGGCAGGGCUAUCAGGGUGAUAACAAAUCAUUUCUAGUCUGCAAAAAAAAGAUGGCAACAUCUCCAGAGAUGCUUUGUUGCUUCUGCCCUGCACCUUUUAGAGAAUUUCUUGAUACAGUAAUUAACAUGAAAUUUGAUGAAGAACCAAAAUAUUCAAAGUUGAUCUCUCUAUUUGGGAGCUUGCUUGGAGCUGAUCCUGCUAUAAGGCCGAUCAACACAGAUGGUGCUCAAAAGGCUAUUCAAGUUGGCCAAAAGCGGGGGAGACUAACUUUAAAUGAGGAAGAAGAGCAGCCUCAGAAGAAAAUUCGAAUGGGUGUUCCUGCGACGCAAUGGAUUUCAAUAUACAAUGCCAGAAAGCCGAUGAAACAGAGGUACCACUAUAAUGUAGCAGACACAAGGUUGGCACAGCAUGUGGAGAAAGGGUCUGUGGAUGGUUUGUCUAUAAGUUGUGUUGCAUCCUGUUCUAGCUUAUGGGCUAUUAUCAUGGACGCGGGAACGAACUUCACCAGCCAAGUUUAUGAGCUGUCACCUUUCUUCUUACACAAGGAGUGGAUUAUGGAGCAGUGGGAGAAAAACUAUUAUAUUAGUUCUCUUGCUGGUGCCACCAAUGGAAGCUCUUUAGUAGUAAUGUCAAAAGGCACACAGUUCACUCAACAGUCUUAUAAGGUCAGCGAGUCCUUUCCCUUUAAGUGGAUAAGCAAGAAAUGGAAAGAAGGGUUCCAUGUGACCUCCAUGGCAACAGCUGGCUCUAGGUGGGCUGUUGUUAUGUCACGCAAUUCAGGCUUCAGUGACCAGGUGGUAGAGCUCGAUUUCCUUUAUCCCAGUGAAGGUAUUCAUAAGCGGUGGGAUAAUGGUUAUCGUAUUACUGCAACAGCUGCUACAGCAGACCAAGCUGCCCUUAUCCUGAGUGUACCUCGCCGAAGACCUGGUGAUGAGACUCAAGAAACUCUGCGAACAUCUCAGUUUCCCAGCACACAUGUCAAGGAAAAAUGGGGAAAGAAUCUGUAUCUUUCUUGUCUAUGCUAUGGGCGCACUGUAUCCUAAAACAAAUCGUGACCAAAUUGUUGUAAACCUGGCAUUUGGAUCUUAUAUCCCCAACUUCUCGUCGUGUUUGUUUCAUUGUCCAAGUGUAAAUGGAUGGUGGUAAAGUUAAAUGUCUUAGAAUGUUAUGCAUAGAAAAACUUUAGUUGUCUUAAAAUUAUGUGCUUAUGGUGUUUUUGUUAUCCUUACUAGUACAGGAACAAUUAUUCUUGCUGCAAAUUUACUCAUUGUUUAAAUUUUGCAGCAAAAAUUGUUUCAGUGUACUCGUAUUACUGGGAAAAUUAAUGUUAUCUUACCUCGAGUAUCUUGUUUUAUUCA